AUGGACGUUACAAUACUCGUGUUUGUGGGGACACUCGUCCGGGUCUGGCCAGUCAGUCCACAGAUUAUGGAGCAACCUGACCAGGAGUCUCGUUUUAGCUACAACCCGGACCCGAGAAAUCCGAUCGGUCACACUGUUGAGUUUAAACCGCAAUCACCACAGUCCCUGCGAGUCACAGGCGUGCCGGACAGGUCUGGAGAGUACAUACUGGACAACAUCCAUCUGCACUAUGGACCUGUCAGUGCCGGGGUCUUUAAUAAUGGAAGACGGACUAUGUUGGCUUCCUCCGAGCAUACACUGGCAGGGAGGAACUUUGAUGGCGAGUUGCACGUGGAACUAUACAACUUGCUUUAUGACAGCCUGGAGGAGGCGGAGAAGUGGAAGGACGGAGUCGUGGUUCUGGCCUUCUUCGUGCAGGUAAAGUGUGGAUUUGUCACACGGUCACAUCGGAAUAACUGUUCAGAUAGUGCCAGUGCUUUGAAUGCAUCACAAAAAACGGAAAUCCCGGCAGUAUUUGAUCUGCGCAUGCUCAAUCGGAUGUGUGAUUUCUACAUAUAUUCCGGAAGUACCACAACCCCCGCUUGCGAAGAGUCUGUCAAAUGGGUGGUGUUUAGGGAACCAAUUCCCGUCACCGAGGACGCAUGGAAUAAACUCGCUCUACUUCGAAGAGGCGUAGAUUUUCGUGCAAAUGAGGGAAUCAGUCGAGUCACCCAGCCCCUCAACGAACGAGAAGUUCAGUCCAACUUUCCAAUGAGGAAAGGUGUUGAAUAUUCGCUGAACGGGCAACUGAUAGAGCCUGUUGACCCUCUAUUGGAAAUGGACAGAAUCACAGAGGAGUUUAUGAUGCCAAACGUGGUUGAUUUCCGUUCAAGACGAACGCUAUGGAUGAACAAUUAUUAA